ACUUCCACAUCCAGUAGUCGAUGUGUCCACGUGAUCCCAGCUGCUGUCGGGGAGCGCCCCCUGCUGGAGGUCCGUGCUCGUGUAGAACUGGCGCUGGUUCUGGUUCUCUGGCUGCAGUCCCGGUUCCCAUACUGCUCCUGCAGCUGCUGGGGGGCGUGGCCUCGCACAGACGGUCUCUGCAGGCUGACCUCCGGCCCGGUUCAGGCUGGCAGCGGGCCGCUACACGUCAGCACGUCAGAGCGAAGUCCGCCCGGGGAGCCGAAGUGUGCCUGCCCGGAUCCGCGCAGUCCACAGCCCGCCGUCAUGCCGCGGUGUUCAGGCAGACCCCCGCUCAUUGCUCGGCUCCCCGCACCCGGCCUCCUGUGGCUGUGCGCGCUGGCGCUGUGCGUCACACCUGUGGCGCCGCACCCGCAGUGUUUGGACUUCAAGCCGCCUUUCCGCCCGCGGCGGGAGCUGCAGUUCUGCGUGAUGUACAAGGACUUCGGCUGCUGCGACCACCAGAAAGACCAAGAACUCAUGGCGAAGUUCAACCGGAUUGUGGAUAACUUUGAUUACCAUGGAUACGCCGGCUGUGCGGGGUAUGUCAUGGAGCUGCUCUGCCAGGAGUGUUCCCCGUAUGCAGCUCACCUUUUCGACGCUGAGGACCCGAGCACUCCUCUUAGAACCAUCCCAGGACUCUGUCCCGACUACUGCUCCACAAUCUGGAACAAGUGUCGCUUUGCCAUCCCAUUACUGUCCAAUGACUCCAGUAUAGCAGAUAUCAAAGACAACCAGACUCGUCUCUGCCAGCAUCUGCAGCUGGAUGAUGCCGACUACUGCUAUCCCCACCUGCUCAGCAACCAGAGGCUCACCAAGGACCUGGGGCGGGUUCAGACCGACGUAGACGGCUGUCUCUACUUGUGUUUGGAGGAAGUGGCUAAUGGGCUGAGAAAUCCUCUUGCAAUGGUGCACGCCAACGACGGCACGCAUCGAUUCUUUGUAGCAGAGCAGGUGGGCCUGGUGUGGACGUACCUUCCUGACCGCUCCAGACUAGGGAAACCAUUUCUGAACAUCACCAAGGCGGUGUUGACCUCAUCCUGGGAGGGUGAUGAGAGAGGUUUCCUGGGAAUCACCUUUCACCCCAAAUACAAGUACAAUGGGAAGCUGUAUGUGUACUACUCUGUAGAGGUGGGGUUUGAUGAGAGAAUAAGAAUCAGCGAGUUCAAGGUGUCAUCGCAUGACAUGAAUAUGGUGGAUCAUACCUCGGAGCGAGUUCUUCUGGAGAUUGAUGAGCCAGCGUCCAACCACAAUGGAGGGCAGGUGUUGUUUGGAGAUGAUGGCUACCUGUACAUCUUCACAGGUGACGGUGGAAUGGCAGGAGACCCAUUUGGGAAAUAUGGAAAUGCUCAAAACAAAUCAGCUCUUUUGGGGAAGGUUCUUCGUCUUGAUGUUGAUGACAACGAAAAAGGCCCGUUGUACAAAAUCCCUCCAGACAACCCUUUUGUAAACGUGCAGGGAGCGCGACCUGAAGUCUACGCCUAUGGUGUUCGCAACAUGUGGAGGUGCUCAGUGGACCGCGGGGACCCACAAACCAAAGAGGGCAAGGGGCGAAUCUUCUGUGGGGACGUGGGGCAGAACAAGUUUGAGGAAGUGGAUAUCAUUGAGAAAGGUCGGAACUACGGCUGGAGGGCAAAAGAGGGGUUCUCCUGCUACGAUAAGAAGCUGUGUGCCAACAGCUCUCUGGAUGAUGUCCUUCCAAUUUAUGCGUACUCCCACAAGAUGGGCAAGUCGGUGACCGGGGGUUACGUAUACCGCGGCUGUGAAUACCCCAACCUGAAUGGCAUGUACAUAUUUGGAGACUUCAUGAGUGGACGUUUGAUGAGCCUGAAGGAGGACCCGAGCACAGGAUCCUGGAACUAUAAUGAGAUCUGCAUGGGAAUGGGCCUGACCUGUGCGUUCCCUGGACUCAUCAACAACUAUUUCCCGUAUAUCAUCUCUUUUGGAGAAGAUGAAUCCGGUGAGUUGUACUUCAUGUCCACUGGAGUACCGCGGGCGACCGCCCCGUCAGGAGUCGUUUAUAAGCUGGUGGAUCCAUCCAGGCGCGCUCCACCAAGACAGUGUCACUACGACCCACUUCCUGUCAGAGUAAAAAGCAAUCUCAUCAAAUUUGUACCUCAAGAAACAUUGAUUGGUGUUGACUUACCAAACAACAAGGUUGAGUCACAGCCCACCGAGUCCUCCGACUGGCUUCAAGAGCUCAUUGAUCAGCUUGGAUCUUCUUUGACCACGUCUACACCAACAACGACCAGAACGCCCAGAAGCACUAAGAGGAAAGGCAAGCGCAAGAAGGGAAAACACAGAGCAGACGCGGUUCCUGAGCUCCACAACGGAGCGGUGAGGUUGGUCAAUGACGACCAAGGGGCCAAGGAUCGUGGACGAGUAGAGGUCUACAUUAAUGGCGAGUGGGGGACGGUCUGCGAUGACUUGUGGACUAUUAAAAAUGCUGAGGUGGUUUGCCGACAGCUUGGAUUUCGGUACGCUUUGAAAGCAUCCAGAAAUUCAGAGUUCGGUGAAGGGAGGGGACUGCGGAUUCUUCUGGACGAUGUUCAGUGUGAAGGGACAGAGUCCAGCCUGCUGACCUGCACACAUGCCGGCGUGGGAACGCACAACUGUGCCCACUACGAAGAUGCCGGAGUCAUCUGCGCCAACUCAAAGCGUGUUAUAGAAGCCUAAAGACCUGACUGGAAAACAGUCAGCAAGAACUAAGCAGUCAAUGUGGUUGUUAAAUCUAACAGAAUUUCCUUAGAUCUUCACAUUUUUAUGCUAAAACUGUUGCAUUGUUGUUCAGUACUGUCAAAACUCCUAAUUGUAAAGAGACACAGCUAAAAACAUUCAGGAUCUAGCUUAUGUCAGUGGUGUGGGGGGAUAAGAGAUCUAUUUAAACUUUAAAUUUAACUGAUUUGUUCCUAAUAUCCUGGAAUAAUCUGAAUUUAGAUUAUUUGCUGUCUGUACGAUUUUCUUGAAGAUGUAAAUACAUUUUUGGUUCAUCAAAAAAUGCCUGAAGUUCUCAAAAUGACGUUUUGAUUUUAAUCACUUCCAAUUGGUUCCAAAAGUGCCACAUUUUCAGCUUCUGGGGGCGGAGCUAUCAGUGCAUCCAGAGGCUAGCAACUGUUUCAAGCACAGAUGCUGCAAAUAUUUUAAUCCCAGAAGUAUAAUAUUAAACAAAAAUGAUCCAGUU